CUCUCACUUUCUGUUUUCACACUCCUCUUCCUGAUUGACGGCUGUUGAAUGGUUCCAUUGACACUCUGUCCUCACCUGGCCCCACCCACGUUUUACUAGUUUCUGCUCAACCAGUUUAGCCUCCUUCCCUCCCUGACUGUUUACUCUAUAUAGCAUGCUGCGGAAGCACCUGUGGCUCACUUUGCUCAGACCUGACGGACAGGACAGACAGAAUAUUUAACAGUCUCACUUCGUUUUUAGCCUACUACUACCAAGAACCUAACAGCACCAGGGUGCAUCAGUCAAUCCCCAUGUCUACUGACCAGGAGAGCUGCCAUCUGUGUAAGGAAGACCUGAGGGACCCAGUUUCCAUCCCGUGCGGCCACAUCUUCUGCUCCAUCUGCCUGAAGACCUACUGGGACCACGCUGACCACACCGGUUCCUACAACUGCCCACGUUGUCGGGUCACCUACAACAAGAGACCCACCCCACGCCGCCUCCAGACCUCCCGCUCCUCCUCAUACUCAACCCACUCCCAACCCAGGAUGUCUGAGACCUACCCUCCUCCACCUCCAGACCCAGACUACAACUACGCCGGACCACAAGACGUGGGAUGUGAUAUCUGUAUUGGGAAGAAGCACAAAGCCAUCAAGACAUGCCUGAUGUGUCUGGCGUCCUACUGUGAGAGGCAUCUAAAGCCCCACUAUGAGAACCCUGCCUUCAAGAGGCACAAGCUGGUGGAUGAGAUCGGCCAUCUGGACAGACAGAUUUGCCCCCAGCAUCAGAAGGGUCUGGAGCUCUUCUGCAAGACGGACCAGAUGUGUAUCUGUGUUCUGUGCACCGUGAAGGAGCACAAAGGUCACGACAUGGUAUCUGCCGAACAGGAGAGGUCAGAAGAACAGCAACGUCUGGGGGCCACCCAGGCAGAGAUCCAGGAGAGGAUCCAUGAGAGGCUUAAGCAGAUGGAGGAGCUGAAACAAGCUGUGGAUUCACUCAAGAGCUCAGCCCAGAGGGCUAUGCAGGAGUGUGAGAAGUUGUUUGGCGACAUGAUGCGUUCCAUCGAGAGGAUGCAACAGGAAAUGACCAAGCUCAUCUCCUCCAAUAAGAGGGCAGCACUGAACAACGCUGAGGGUCACCUAGAGCGUCUGACCCACGAGAUCGCUGACCUCAAGAAGCGAGACAACGAGAUCACACAGCUGUCACGCACAGAGGACCACAUCCACUUUAUCCAGAGCUACCACAUGCUAAUCGCUCAGACGGAGGCUGAGGAGCUGCCCACAGUCUCGGUGAACCCCUACUUCUCCUUCGGACCCGUCACCAAGGCUGUCUCUGAGAUGAAGGUCCAUCUCCAUGACAUCAGCAAUGAGGAGCUGGUCAAAGUGGCCACGAUUGUGAACAAAAUGCCUUUCUGCCAACUGGAUGAAGGCAAAAGGAGAAAUACUGUGAAAGCCGAUGCAGUUGUUGCCGUGUACAAGACUCCAAGCCAGGAGCCCCAGUACAGAGAGGACUUCCUGAAAUAUGCCUGCGUUCUCACCCUGGACCCCAACACAGCCUACCGCCAGCUAUACCUGUCUAGAGGCAACAGGAAGGCAGCCCUGAAGAGAGAACCACAGGACUACGCUGACAGUGCCUCCAGGUUCGACUGCCUGCCCCAGGUCCUCUGCAAAGAGCCCCUGUCUGGAGGGGCCUACUACUGGGAGGUGGAGUGGAGUGGAGAGGGGGCCUCCGUGGGCGUCACCUACAAGGGCAUCAAGAGAGUAGGCUACGGGGACAGCAGCCGCAUCGGCUACAACCGCAAGUCCUGGAGCCUCUUCUGCUCCGAUUCCAGCUAUUCCGCCCGAUAUGGUAAAGACCAGGUGGAAAUCAAUGCACCCUACUCCUCCAGGAUAGGGGUCUUCCUGGACCACUCAGCAGGCACCCUCUCAUUCUACACUGUAGGGGACACCAUGUCUCUCAUACACCGCUUCAAGGCCUCCUUUGCUGAGCCUGUCUACCCAGGCUUUUGGGUCUGGUAUGAGUCAGCGGUCACCAUCCGUCAGCUGUCAUAAUAUUAUAUUACCUAUGAUUAAAUUAUGUAUUGAUCAUCAUACGUAUUGUGAUUCAAGUAAUAUAACUGCACUUGUAAUUUGACUCGUUUAGUAUCCCCUUUUUUCAAAUUGUACUAUUUAAAUUGGCAAUGAUGUUUUACUUUGUUCUAUUGAGGUUUGAAUGAAUGUUUUAUACUGUAUAUAAAUCAUCAAAUAGAGAUAGAUAUCUCUGAACAAUUUGGGUUUGGUGAGUAAAGGAAUAAACAUGAUAUCUAUAAUGUUUUCAUAAUCAUGAAGGAUCUACUUUAGAACAGACUGAUGUGUCAACUAAUAUAUUUGAUAAACAAAUAUACUCUAUGGAUCAGAUGAAUAAAAUACACCUGAAGUUGUAUAUAAAUGUAUCACACAGAGAAACUGGAAUGUGUAAUACAAGUUUAUUUUAUAUUAAUAUAGUAUUUCUGUCGCGUGUGCAUUCAACCCAAUAAUUGAUUUGGAAUAAUUGUAAUAAGCACUAUAAAGCUAGGAUGACCCUUACUGCCAUAAUGGAAGACCUGGAAGAAAGGUCUUUAUAUAAAAUGUUUUCCACAAGGGUCGGCCAUUGGUGAAAUAGCCGACUCACUGUAAACCGGCUACUUUUUCCGCUUCAUAUAACUGUUCAUUUAAGUUUCAAUUCUAUAGUCAGUAUAGCCUUCUUCCGCUAAAAUGAACAAUAUGCAUCUUCUAGUGAUAAGAUAGGCGCCUGUCCGUCACAAAGCGAAAAAUAAAAAUAGGUAUUUUAAUUGCCUUUGUUUUUAUUGGUCUAAUAUAUUACAUACUUUUGUUCACUUUCUAGCAUUCAAAAUAAUAGAUACUGGCUGCAGUCCAAACACGUCAUUUUUACCCCCUCAGUCCUUGCGCUAGCCACUUACCCUCUGGGGAAUCCCCGUCUAAACCGGAUGCAGUUUGAUUGCCAUCUUAAGUAGAAGUCCAAUUCACUAACGAUGCCACCUCGGCCCACAAUUUAGCUUGAGGGAGCGGGUGAACAACUUUGGUCACUUGCAGGAUUAUGACACACAAUUCAAUGCAAACUGUGGCCGCGAAGUGUCAAAUUUAAUCAACAAGGCGGCAUCUUCGGCAUGUCAGGAAAACAUAUGAAGCUAGCUUGCUAGAAAAUAUAUAUACACAUUGAUUUUAGCGUUGGCAAAUUGGCUUAGUCUUGUAGUGAGGAGCCUAUAAAACAUAGCUAGAUUCAUAAUUUUUUUGGGGGGAAUUCUGAAAUUUAUUGGAAUAAAUGACUAAACUAUAAAACUAGCUAGCCAGCUAUGUAUGGGUAACUGUAGCUAGCUACCUGACAGGAGUGCUAGCUAGAUAUGUUAGCUUAGUAGACAUAUUUUUUUAAGCUCAACUUCAGGACAUUGCCUCUCCAAUCAUCACUCUCCCUCGCUUGGGCAAGGGACAUAUUAAGGUACACUCGGAUGUGACGAUGUAAAACGUCAUUCAAAGGCUGAGGGUUUAGGGCCGAGGGAUGUCUAUUUUGAGUUUGAAACGCAGCCACUGUAUCUUUGUCUAAAUCCCCAAAACAUGUCACUACAACUCAAUACAUCACUACUGGGACAACAAGUCAAUUUGCUUACCAUUAGUACAUUAAACAAUACAUAAACAAAGUUUUGCAGUAUAAACCCAC